AUGGUGGGGGCCCCGGGGCUUCUGUGCCUGCUGCUCUUGGAGAACCUGGCAGCUGUCCGCCGCCGUGGCCUCCUUUGCCUUCCAGCCGCUCCCGCCUUGGCCCAGGCAGCCCUCGUCAACAGGUGCCGGGGCCCCAGCGCGAGCCUGUGCGACUUCGUCUGCGAUUGCUGGGACUGCUCGGACGAAAACCAGUGUGGCUAUCAGAAGGAGUCCGUGGCGCUGGGCACUGCGUUCGCUUGCGACUUCGAAGGCAGCGCCUGUGGCUGGGAGGAUGUGAGCACCUCAGGCUACCAGUGGGCCCCUGCCCAGUCCAGCAUCGCCCGCUGGGGCUCGGAGCCCCCCUUUGACCACACGACAGGCACCGAUCUGGGCUGGUACAUGAGCACCUCGAGGCAGAGAGUGAAGCCGUCCGCUACAGCCCAGCUCCGAUCUCCGCUCCUGAGGGAAGCAGCCGCCACCUGCGAGAUCCGGGCGUGGUAUCACCUCUCAGACCCAGGACUCAACGAGAGCAGCCAGCCAGCCCUGACGCUGGAGCUGAGGCACGGGAGCGACAUUGUGACCCUGUGGCGAAACCCGCCCGGCAGCGCCUCCCCGUGGCGGGAGCUGGUGGCCUACACGGGCCGGGUGCACGGGGCCUUUCAGGUCACGUUUGCCGCGGCCCAGGCCGCCUCCGGGGCGGUGCAGCUGGCGCUGGACGACGUGGAGUUCAGGAACUGCGGACCCCCACGUCCCCAGGCAUGUGCGCCGGACGAGCACCGGUGCGGAGGGGGGGGCUGUGUCGCCCCAGACCGGCAGUGCGACGGCACCGAAGACUGCAGGGAUGGCGGAGACGAAGCCGAGUGCAGCUCGUCCAGCAAGUGCGACUUCGAGGCGGGCUGGUGCGGGUGGGCCGCGGAGCCCGGCAGGCCUCUCCUCUGGCUGCGGAACUCCAGCACCCACCUGGGCCCCUCCCCGGCGCAGCCCACGCGGGACCACAGCACCAACGGCCGAGCAGGAUACUUUGUCUACCUCGGCCACGUCCCCCCCUCCGACCCGCAGCCGGGAGGCGCCUGGCUGGUCAGCCCCGUUCUGACGGCGAACCUCUCCUGCCAGCUGGUGCUCUACGUCCACCUCCGUGCCUCGGCGUAUCAGUGCCUGAACGUCUACUACCGGACGGAACAAGCCAUGGUGCGCGUCCGGACCCGCUGCGGGGACUUGGGAGACUGCUGGGUUCGCGAGACAGUGGAGUUCCGGGUGGCGGAGAAGUUCCAGAUUAUCAUCGAGGGGCUGCUGGGCACGGGCCCCCAGGGGAGCCUCGCCCUGGACGACCUCAUCCUGUCUCCCGGCUGCUCGAGUCAGGCUGGGGCGCUUCUGGUUGGCCGCGAGCCCAGUCCCCCGAGUCCCUGCACCCGGGGCCAGUUCGCGUGCAGCGACGGCAAGCAGUGCCUUGGGGCCGAACUCGUGUGCAACUUCGAGGCUGACUGUGCUGACGGCUCCGACGAGCAGCAGUGCGGCUCGACCGCGUUUACCAAUGGCACCGGCGGCUGGGUGGACGUCAGUGUGGGGCGCCUGCAAUGGGCACUGCAGAAAAGCACCGGCCAGUCGGAUCCUGCUGGGGACCACUUCAGCCUGCAGGAGGGCACUGGGCAGAUGCUGGGCCUGGCGAGGGCCGCCACCCCGGCCUUGGGGCCCUCCGGCCUGGCCUGCGCGCUGGAGAUGACCUUCCGCACGGGCCCCCGAGGGCUCCUGGCACUCGCGGUGGCCGACGAGAGCCUGGGGACCAGCCGGUGGUUGUGGCACAGGCGGGGGAACGGGAGCGUGGCCUGGGCGCAGGCCCACGUGCCGCUCGGCGCGAGGGCGAGGCCUUUCCAGCUGGAGCUGCUGGCCAUGACGGACCUCAGAGGCUCCGGGGCUGCUGCGCCCCCCGCCGUGAGCAGCGUCUCCCUCGUGGACUGCGACCCCGCCGCCCCCGCCGCACGAGCCUCAGGGCUGUCCUGCAACUUCGAACGGGGCUGGUGCGGCUGGUUCCUGGAGCAGAACGACGGCUUCGCCUGGGAGUGGCGUGCCGGCGGCGGCUGGGCCCCGGACCACACCACGGGCACAGGCGCCUUCUUAUCCGCGGAUCCUUCCGCCGCCGGGGCCCAUGGCUUGCGCGCACGGCUCGUCUCUGCGCCCCAGGUGGCGGACGGCAACGCCUCCUGCCUUGUCUUCUGGUAUCGCAUGGACGGCCCGCAGAUUGGUACCUUGGCCCUCCUUGUGAAGCAGGCUGGGAAAGCAGAGCAGGUGCUUUGGACCAGGACGGGGAGCCAGGGGGCCGUCUGGCACCGGGGACUCGCCACCAUCUCCCUUCCGCCUGGCCAGAGCUACCAGGUGGUCUUCGAGGCCCUCCGGGACGGCUUCCUCGGGGCAAUGGGCCUGGAUGAUCUCAGCGUGAGACCCAGGGCUUGUGGCGCGCAGAAGCACUGCUCCUUCGAGGCCGAUGACUGUGGCCUCGUGGCCAGCCGGCCGCAGACCUGGGCACGGCAGGACGGGGCCGGGGGCCGGGGCCCUCCGACAGACCACACCCGGGGAACCCCUGCAGGGCAUUACAUGCUCGUCAACACCAGCGCGGCUGCCCUGCCAUCUGGCCAGGCGGCGCUCCUGCGGUCGCAAGCCUUCCUGCCUCUGCCUCGCCCCCAGUGCCUGAGCUUCUGGUACCAUCCGAGCGGCAGCAGCCCUGGAUCGUUGCAGGUCUCCGUGGAGGAGGGCAGCCUGCGGAGGGAGAUGCUGCGGGUGAGCAGCCUGCCGGCGGAAGGCUGGCGUUACGGCAGCUUCACCGUCAGGGUCCAAGGCGAGUGGCAGGUGGCCUUCUCCGUGGAAGGUGCUGGCGGGGGUCCAUCCUCAUUCUUCGCCCUCGAUGACCUCCGUGUGGCAGAGGGGGCCUGCCUUGGAACCGGAUCCUGCGACUUUGAGUCAGGCACCUGUGGGUGGAGCAAGCCGCACGGAGACUGGUACAGCUGGGACUGGAAGCAGGGGGCCACCCCGGCACAGUCCCCGUCCCCCGAGGAGGACCACACCUUUGGGACAACAGCAGGGCACUAUGCCUACGUGGACACCGCGGCGCUGGGACCGGGGAGGAACGCGCCUGCCCGCCUGGCGAGCGAGCCCCUCCCGCCGACCUCGGGGUCCUGCCUGCAGUUCUACCACCGCAUGGACUCCCUGGGCCAGAGCUCAAGCGCAACGCUCCGGGUGAAGCUGCAGAGCCUGCAGGGGGAGCGGACGGUGUGGAGCGCCACUGGGACCCAGAGCCGGGCCUGGCUGAACCAAACCCUCGUGGUGUCCAGCCUCACCGAGUUCCAGGUUGUGCUGGAGGCCACGGGAGGGGCCUGGCCACGCGCGGAGACCAUCGCUGUGGACGACAUCUCCUACAAGCCUGGGCCACGCUGUGACACGGACCCACCGCGGAGCCAGGAGGAAGGAAGUGGCUCCAGCGGCGGCUCCGCGGCCGGGCUGGUGGCCGGGCUGGUGUGCGCCGUCCUGCUGGCCCUCGCGGCCGUGGCCACCGCCUUCUGCUGCUGGACGAAGCUGCGCAGAGCGGGAGGCGUGGAGCCCGGGGAGAGCAGCGCAGCGAGGGGAUUCAAUAACAUCACCUAUCGAGACGACAUCGUCAUCCUGCCACGGAUGUCCACCGGCGGAGAAACCGAGUAGCCUCCCUUCAUCCUGCCCGGACUGGAUGCCAGCCCCAGCGUACACUCCUUGGCGCUCUGUACCAGCCUCCAGAGCCCUGGCAUCUUGGGGUCCCCCAGCGGCUCACCUUGCCUACAGUAAAGCUGCCUCGGGUCUUCUCUGAGCACGGGCAAAGUUUCUCUCUGCUUUGUCCUGCACUCUUCCUUCUCUAGCGAGGAGCAUAGCAGGCUUUCGCUUGAAAUCGUUCUGCCGCUUGUGGCACGACGGCAGCCGCAGCUGCUUCCUCCGGAGUGGGCAAUACGCAAGACAACACGAGCCAGGGAUGAAGAGUGUGGAACAUCCCUGCCGGAGGAGGGCUCGAGGAAGCCUUGGGGACUUCGGAGCGGAGGAAUAAAAGAUGGUGAAAGGUGGCAAGAGA